AUGGAAAUUUUGUGGAAGACGUUGACCUGGAUUUUGAGCCUCAUCAUGGCUUCAUCGGAAUGUCAUAGUGACCACAGACUUUCAUACAGUUCUCAAGAGGAAUUCCUGACUUAUCUAGAACACUACCAGCUAACUAUUCCAAUAAGGGUUGAUCAAAAUGGAGCUUUUCUCAGCUUUACUGUGAAAAAUGAUAAACACUCCAGGAGAAGACGGAGUAUGGACCCUAUCGAUCCACAGCAGGCAGUAUCUAAGUUAUUUUUUAAACUUUCAGCCUAUGGCAAGCACUUUCACCUAAACUUGACUCUCAACACAGAUUUUGUGUCCAAACAUUUUACAGUAGAAUACUGGGGAAAAGAUGGACCCCAGUGGAAACAUGAUUUUUUAGACAACUGUCAUUACACAGGAUACUUGCAAGAUCAACGUAGUACAACUAAAGUGGCUUUAAGCAACUGUAUUGGGUUGCAUGGUGUAAUUGCCACAGAAGAUGAAGAAUAUUUUAUUGAACCAUUAAAGAAUACCACAGAGGAUUCCAAACAUUUUAGUUAUGAAAAUGGCCAUCCUCAUGUUAUUUACAAAAAGUCUACCCUCCAGCAACGACAUCUGUAUGAUCACUCUCAUUGUGGGGUUUCAGACCUCAUAAGAAGUGGCAAACCCUGGUGGCUGAAUGACACAUCUACUUUUCCUUCUUCACUACCAAUUAAUGGCACGCAUAUCCGCCACAGACAGAAGAGAUCAGUAAGCAUUGAGCGGUUUGUGGAGACAUUGGUAGUGGCAGACAAAAUGAUGGUGGGCUACCAUGGCCGCAAAGACAUUGAACAUUACAUUUUGAGUGUGAUGAAUAUUGUUGCCAAACUUUACCGUGAUUCCAGCCUAGGAAACGUUGUGAAUAUUAUAGUGGCCCGGUUAAUUGUUCUUACAGAAGAUCAGCCAAACUUGGAGAUAAACCACCAUGCAGACAAGUCCCUCGAUAGCUUCUGUAAAUGGCAGAAAUCCAUUCUCUCCCACCAAAGUGAUGGAAACACCAUUCCAGAAAAUGGGAUUGCCCACCACGAUAAUGCUGUUCUUAUUACUAGAUAUGAUAUCUGCACUUAUAAAAAUAAGCCCUGUGGAACAUUGGGCUUGGCCUCUGUGGCUGGAAUGUGUGAGCCUGAAAGGAGCUGCAGCAUUAAUGAAGACAUUGGCCUGGGUUCAGCUUUUACCAUUGCACAUGAGAUUGGUCACAAUUUUGGUAUGAACCAUGAUGGAAUUGGAAAUUCUUGUGGGACGAAAGGUCAUGAAGCAGCAAAACUUAUGGCAGCUCACAUUACUGCGAAUACCAAUCCUUUUUCCUGGUCUGCCUGCAGUCGAGACUAUAUCACCAGCUUUCUAGAUUCAGGCCGUGGUACUUGCCUUGAUAAUGAGCCUCCCAAGCGUGACUUUCUUUAUCCAGCUGUGGCCCCAGGUCAGGUGUAUGAUGCUGAUGAGCAAUGCCGUUUCCAAUAUGGAGCAACAUCACGCCAAUGUAAAUAUGGGGAAGUGUGUAGAGAGCUGUGGUGUCUCAGCAAAAGCAACCGCUGUGUCACCAACAGUAUUCCUGCAGCUGAAGGAACACUCUGUCAAACUGGGAAUAUUGAAAAGGGGUGGUGUUAUCAGGGAGAUUGUGUUCCUUUUGGCACUUGGCCCCAGAGCAUAGAUGGGGGCUGGGGUCCCUGGUCACUAUGGGGAGAGUGCAGCAGAACCUGCGGGGGAGGCGUCUCCUCAUCCCUAAGACACUGUGACAGUCCAGCACCUUCAGGAGGUGGAAAAUAUUGCCUUGGGGAAAGGAAACGGUAUCGCUCCUGUAACACAGAUCCAUGUCCUUUGGGGGCCCGAGAUUUUCGAGAGAAACAGUGUGCAGACUUUGACAAUAUGCCUUUCCGUGGAAAGUAUUAUAACUGGAAACCCUAUACUGGAGGUGGGGUAAAACCUUGCGCAUUAAACUGCCUGGCUGAAGGUUACAACUUCUACACUGAACGUGCCCCUGCGGUGAUUGAUGGGACUCAGUGCAAUGCGGACUCACUGGAUAUCUGUAUCAAUGGGGAAUGCAAGCAUGUAGGUUGUGAUAAUAUUUUGGGAUCCGAUGCUAGGGAAGAUAGAUGUCGAGUCUGUGGAGGGGAUGGAAGCACAUGUGAUGCCAUUGAAGGGUUCUUCAAUGAUUCGUUGCCCAGAGGAGGCUAUAUGGAGGUAGUGCAGAUACCAAGAGGCUCUGUUCAUAUUGAAGUCAGAGAAGUUGCCAUGUCAAAGAACUAUAUUGCUUUGAAAUCUGAAGGAGAUGAUUACUAUAUUAAUGGCGCCUGGACUAUUGACUGGCCUAGGAAGUUUGAUGUUGCUGGGACAGCUUUUCACUACAAGAGACCAACUGAUGAACCAGAAUCCUUGGAAGCUCUAGGUCCCACCUCGGAAAAUCUCAUUGUCAUGGUUCUGCUUCAGGAACAAAAUUUGGGAAUUAGGUAUAAGUUCAAUGUUCCCAUCACUCGGACUGGCAGUGGAGACAAUGAAGUUGGCUUUACAUGGAAUCAUCAGCCUUGGUCAGAAUGCUCAGCUACUUGUGCUGGAGGUGUCCAAAGACAGGAGGCAGUCUGUAAAAGAUUGGACGACAACUCUAUUGUCCAGAACAAUUACUGUGACCCUGACAGUAAGCCACCUGAAAAUCAAAGAGCCUGCAACACUGAGCCCUGCCCACCUGAGUGGUUCAUUGGGGAUUGGUUGGAGUGUAGCAAGACUUGUGACGGUGGAAUGCGCACAAGGGCAGUGCUCUGCAUCAGGAAGAUUGGACCUUCAGAGGAGGAGACACUGGACUACACCGGCUGUUUAACACACCGGCCUAUUGAAAUAGAGUCCUGCAACAACCAGUCAUGUCCACCUCAGUGGGUGGCUUUGGACUGGUCAGAAUGCACUCCCAAAUGUGGUCCGGGAUUCAAGCAUCGGAUUGUUCUGUGCAAGAGCAGUGACCUCUCUAAAACAUUCCCAGCUGCACAGUGUCCAGAAGAGAACAAACCCCCUGUCCGUAUCCGCUGCAGUUUGGGCCGCUGCCCUCCUCCUCGCUGGGUGACUGGAGACUGGGGCCAGUGUUCUGCUCAGUGUGGCCUUGGACAGCAGAUGAGGACUGUGCAGUGUCUUUCCUACACUGGACAGGCGUCUAGUGACUGUCCAGAAACUGUUCGGCCUCCAUCGAUGCAGCAGUGUGAAAGCAAAUGUGACAGUACCCCCAUUUCCAAUACUGAAGAGUGCAAAGAUGUGAACAAAGUGGCGUAUUGCCCGCUGGUGCUCAAGUUCAAGUUCUGUAGUCGAGCAUACUUCAGACAGAUGUGUUGUAAGACCUGCCAAGGACACUGA